GCCGGAGCUGUGUCUGGCUCACACCUUCCAAACCCAACGCAAACAGGUCUUGGAACCGGGCACUGACAACGCCUUCCUGUUGUUUGCGUUUUGAGAUUCUGACCUCAACCCUCCGGUGUUUUAUCUAGCUACUUCAUCAGCUGCGAUCGACAAAUGAGGAACCUACGCAGGGCUUUGGGCGGCGCCAACUUGAAGACGUAGCGUUGCUGUCCCUCUGCCUCUUUUCCAAAACAUGGCGUCGGUCGAUGGCGACAUCGCCGCCUCUUUGGCGUCGCAAACCUCCACACCGAUUGCGCAGCUGAGCCCUGAUCUGCCCGACUACCCUUCACGCGUCGUCAGAGGGGUGGUAACUAUCACAUGGCCAUAUAAUUCGGUCACGCAGAAGUUCGCGUUCCUGCUCGCAGAGCGCGACGUGCGCCUCCGCCGCGCAAAGGGGCAAAUACGGAUUGAACUUCAAGGACCGAGUGCGAAGGCGGCUUCUAACUGCGGAAUCGGGGCGGGCGAUGAACUGCUCUUCAGCCUGGCUGGUGCGGAAUGGAGCCCGGAUCCAGCACCUGGGCGCAUCCCCGGCGCGAGGGUGGAAUGGCAGAUCCAGUUCAGCCAGAAGCUAGCUCUCCAGGUUAAAUUCGGCGAAUCAGGCGAUACGAAGCACAUCAACGUCGACCAUCCCGUGGCGGACAAACCAGAUCGCCCUGUGCAACCGCCGCGGCCGGCCACACCCGACCCAGAACCAAUUCUCCCCAGGGUCCCGACCACUGGUCGCAAGUUAUCGGAAAUUACAGCGGACGAAUAUCCUUCGCCAGCCUUUGUCAAGCGAGCUCGGCUGUCAUAUGGUGCUCUGUUUGAGGGCGGUUUCGACAUCUUCGAAGAGGAUGGGGGGGUCAAGGGCAGGGGCCGAAAGCGAGCCCGAUUCGGGCGCAACAGCAACACAUGGCGAUACAGCAGCCAAUCACCAAGCCCUGAGCCGACGUCACUAGUGUCGGAUGCGAUGGAUGAAGAUACACCCGAAAGCGUAGCUCUUCGCCCAUCGCCUAAGCCCCAGACAGUGGAUGAGGCUUGCCAAACUGCCGAGGUUGAGAUGGCGCCAGCCGCCCAAGGAGCAACUUCAACGACCGUCCAGCAACAGGAGAAGACUCCUACACCCCCGCAGACGCCGGUUCCGGCUCCUCUAGGAACAGCCGUUCGUGCUCAAGAAGGGCGAACACCGGAACCGAACCCGGUGCACCAGAUAGAACGCCCACCUAUAGCGCGUGAUCCGAGCGAGGAGCCCACGCCUGUGGUGCAGAACCAGACUGUUGCCGCGUCUGAUCAGGGACCCGGCCCUGCUUCGAACCAAACACCUCCGGAGGAAACACACCGGAAACUUCCCAGCUCACCGAUCGGAAAGGGACAGACCCGGAGGCAGUCGCCCGAGACGGCCACCCAGCCGACCUCGCUGUCAGCCAGCAAUGAUGAGACGGCUCCAAGUUCCUUCCUUGGCCCUAGGUCGUUUGCGUCUAACUUCUCCUCGUUUGGCGUCGAUGUGCCUGCCCGAGUGGAGUCAAGCUUAAGCCUUGCAGACCAGGUUAGGUUCGGCUUUUCGCAUGUACCACAAACCGCGCAUUCCCCAUCCCUGCAUGAUCCUGAAUUCGCCCCAGAACCGUGCCCCGAACCAGUUCACCAAGAUCAAGAGCAAUACCCGGCGGCGCUUCUUGACAACGCCCAUAGCCCCGCCAAUGCAGCGGGUGGAGAUAAACGUAUGGCUUUUGACGGCCAAAGCAUGCCUCCAGAGCCAGCCGGGGUUGAGCAUUUUGGCGAUAGCCAGUGGGAGGUGUCAACCCAACCUUUCCCCAUCGACCUCGCCGAGGGCGGGCACUUUGGGACGGAUGCUCUUAGUAAAGGAGCGAGUGUGAUAGCUAGACAGCAAUCGCUUCAUGCAGAUGAUCUUGACCUCGGUAGUGUGCCGGAGGGUUUUGCCAGUUAUGGCAAGGGGGAUGCAUCUGAAGUGCGUGAGAGAAGUCCCUCCGCCAAGGCACCGCCGCACGAACGUCAACCCUCUGUUGAAAACGAGAACAUGCGUAGCGACGAUGAAGGAAGCCUCGACGAAGAAGAGGAAGAGGACGAGGAAGAGGAUGAGGACGAGGACGAGGAAGAGAAUGAAGAAGAGGACGAAGAGGAAAAGUCAGAUGAGGAUGCCUAUGGCGAGCAGAUCGAAGAGGGCGACUAUGACCAGCGGAACUAUGAUGUGCCCUCAGAUGACGAUGAGGGUCUGUCAGACGAAGACGAAGAGGUUGAGCUCGAGUCAGAAGAAGGCUACGGUAACGACGAGGUGUAUGACGAGGAUGGUGAAGGAGAGGAGUGGGAUGAUGAGGAAGACUACGAGAGCGAGGAGGGCUCUGGACAAGAUGACGAUGCGGAAGGCCACCAACCAGGGAGGCCUGCUGCACCAGUGCCGAGAGGAGAGCCCGUUGUCAUCAGCCUUCUCUCAGACUCCGAGGAUGAGGAUCAGCCUGCCCCUCCAGCAGCGGAACCGGCGCCGGUUCCUCAGACGGUGCAUGCGUCGGAGCCUUCAGUCACAUCCGAGUCGAGCCCCAGUUUAAAUCGUGCUGAAUCGUCGAGCCUAGAACACCACAAGUCGCCGAGUUCGGCACGCUACGGGUCUCCCAGCUCACCACCCCAUGAGUCUCCCAGCUCACCACCCCAUGAGUCUCCCAGCUCACCACCCCAUGAGUCUCCCAGCUCACCACCCCAUGAGUCUCCCAGUCCGCCACGCCACGACGUUCCUACUUCUGAACACCGUCAAUCUCCCGCCUCCGAGCGUUCAGAAUCCCCUGCCGUCUUGGAGACAGUGGAAACUGACGACUCAGGGAAGGAACAAGGGCACAAUUCUAUCUUCAACCAGACAGAUGUCAUCGACUUUGCGAUGCGCCAUACUCAAAGCGUCAACCAGCAGCGGAAAGCGGAACCAAUGGAGACGGGCGCUGAAGCUGGAUCCUCAUUAUCCGCCAACCAAAACUACGGCUCGUUCGGCGCGACCAGCGGCGCCUCCGAGCUACCCCAUCGUGACUUUGAGACUGAACCAAGUGAAAGCCCAUCCGGCUCCGUUGCUUCUCAGCCGGUUUCUCAACCAGCGUCAAGCGAGAGUUCUUCGGAAGGCCUCUUUAUCUCGCAGCCCCGCCCAAGGUCUGCCGGUGCUGAGGAACAGGGCGACACGGGUUCCGCCAGUGAACCUGAAGGAACGAGUGAAGCUCCCAGAAGAGAGACCGAGGGAACUGAGGGAGGCACGACAGAUGAAGAUGCGGAGUCUGAUGAAGCCUCCAACGACGGUGGUAUGGAGCUGGAGCCGGAGAAUACCGAGAUUCGGGACGAGGUGCUGAGCGUAGAGGAAAUGGACCAGGACGCGCCUGCCCACUCGUCACCCAAGCCACACAACGAUGAUGCUAGUUUGCCCGAUGCAGAUGCACUCUCCUUCACCAGCCAGAUCGAGAUGGCCGCGGAAUUCGGAGCAAGCGAAGAUGAACACAUGAGCGUGGAUGAUGAUGAUUCAAGGCACGCGAACGCUGUGGACACUGAUAUGUCCACCUUCGAAGUCGAGGAGGUCACAGUUUCUGAAGAAGACGUCGACAUGCUUGAUGCGGGUUCGGAACAAGUAGAGUCGGCGUCACCGGAGAGGAUGGCUAUGAGUCCUCAGAAGGACGAUAGGGUCAACGCAUCGACCGUUGCUUCGGAUCUGGUCGUCAGUGAAACCAUCACGGAGGUCGUCACCACAGCUUCUGCCGAUGAACCGCUCCCAGAUGCUCCGACUGUAACGGAACUUGAACAACAGGGUACAUCCACCCCGGGUGAACAAACGCUCGCUCGAGCCGAGUCGGCCCAUGUAUCGGUGGAAGACGAGUCUAAUCGUCAAGUUGAUGUCCCUGAGGCGAAGGCUGAGAAGCAGGGGGAAGGAGGAAGCUCGCUGGACGGUUCGCACUCGAUUGCAGGUUCCGAGUCUCAGGUAGACAUUGCGUCCCAAGAGGCACUGGGAGGACCACGAAAGCCGUUGGCUCAGAUUCCAGUUGAUGAUGCGGUUCCUCCACCAGCAGAACACUUAUGCGAGGCUGACGAAAAUCCUGUCGUCAAGAACGAGACCACGGAUGACAAAGGCGGUACUGAGCCGUCAGGCGUGGAGAGCCCGUCUGCGCUUCAACAAGACGGCGUUACGGAUGCGAGCACUCCGCCCCGGCCACCAAGGGUGGUUGCGCCAGACGGGUCUCCCUCUUCGGACCAACCAGAAGUGGCCUUGGCUCGGGCUGAAGAUGUAAAAGGGGAAGAUGUCAAUGAAGCCGAGGGAUCUGCGCAGCGAGCACAGCAAGUCGAAACAGUUCAGCAGUCUGAGGCUUCGGCAGAAGAUUUCGACGACGAAGCAUUGAUCUUGGAGCAGCUCAGCCAGGAGCAACAACAGUUUCUGGAGACAGAGACACCGGAAUCUCGAGACCGCGGCGGUACUCGAUCUUCCUCUCCCGAUGUCAGCGUUCACCUAGCCCGCCAGGCUAUAGCAGCCAAACGCCACAAGAAGGCUACUGAGCCAGUCCGGACGAGCAGUCGGAUCACCCGGGCGCGAUCCAAUAGCCUCCGGUCAAAUGCCACCAACAGCACCCCCGAGGAUGAAAAGGAGAAAGAAGACCCCAGCAUUAGCCUUGCACGAGCCGCCUUAGCCUCACCCUCCAGACGCGGCGUGGGAUCCUCCACCUCUGCCUCCAAAACUACCGCUACCUCCUCUACCAGCGCCACGGCACUCAGGGCCGACCUGAACAAGCGCUUGCGCACUGAACUGCCCGAGUGUAUCCCCCUCAGGUCCCUCCGCGCCCACCUCGACAAGACCCCCAACGUCAUCGCCGUCGUUACGUCCCAGCCGACCAAACCUGUUCGCGCCAAGGGCGGGCCCCGUGAAUAUGUCAUGUCAUUUCACGUCACUGAUCCCUCUGCGGCACCCAGCACCGUAGUUGAGGUGCAGCUGUACCGCCCGCACAAGGACUCGUUGCCGAUUGUCGGCCCGGGCGAUGUCGUACUUCUCUCCAAGUUCCUUGUGAAAGCACUCAGCAAGAAGGGGUGGGGAUUGAGGACGGGAAACGAGAGCGCGUGGGCCGUUUGGGAGCAUGCUCGGCAGCAGCAGCAGCAGCAGCAGCAGCAGCAGGCUGAGGAGGACUGCCCGCAAAUACGGGGGCCUCCGGUGGAGGAUUGGAAAGGUUAUGUGGGAUACGUAAGGACGUUGAAGGAGUGGUGGGCGUUGAUGAUGGCGGACGAGGCGGCGAAGGGGAAGUUGGAGAAGGCGGAUCAGAAGUUGACGGAGGCGAAGUAGCUAUUGGAUAGCCAGGCAGUUUGGGACGGAGUCCGAGGCUGAGGCUGGAGCAUAGGGUCUGCUAGUGGGCGGUCCAGGUCUGGGUUCUUCAGCAAAAGCAUUUAUCAUGUCCGCUCGUCGAGUGAAUGGUUGGGAGGGGUUUGGGAUAUGGGUUGCGGAGACGAAUAGGCGGGCACGCAGGCAGAGAGCCACAUGGCGACUGUGCCAUAAUAAUCAAAUGUGUUAUUGCAGAACCCCCAAAAGUCAGCCCCGAGUCUCUCCGAUAUAUCCUUGAUCUUU